UGUCAAAGCAAUCGCGAAAAUCCACUUUCAGAGUCUGACCAAUGGGGACGUGUCAAAGUGACGCGUUGGUUAUUUUUGGACAGGCUUGCAUUCACAUUGGAAACUUUGCGCUGUUAAUGGUAAGGUGUGUUUUUCUAUGUGGACUUUCAGCUUUCUGCUGUCACUAUGUUCUAUACCAUCUGGUGCCAUCAAUUUGGGUGUUAGUCUGUCGGGUUCCGCCAUCCCACAGAUCGAGUCCUUGUCGGGUCGGAGAUAUUUCUGUACCUUCUAGUGCCUGCAAUCACUCUGGCCUAUUUAUGGAUACAACUGUGCAGGUCACCGUUGCACUCUACGGAAUCAUCCAAUCUGUAUGGCCUGCUUCGUAGUAUGCGUGUUCCUUUCUUCACUACUACUGUCCGGGUACAAACAUUCGCUGAAAGCCGUGUCGGGGUACUUCAGCAGGUCAACAAGACAAUAACACCAUGUCGAUGGAAUAUUGAGGCGACUCAUCACCAGAACAAGCCACAAGUGAGCGGCUAUCAGUUUACGGUACACGGUGGGAGUCUUCGGACUUUACCUUUGGCAAUAG